CGGUUGUUUUAAAUAUGCUGUCUGUGGUUUUUAUGGUAGGAUUUUUUUUAAGUGCCUACGGCUCCAAUGUCGAAACUAAACAAUAUGCAUGUAUGACAAUUUCCAAGGAGGGAAAACAACAAUGUAGCGGCGAUUUCGACUUAGCUUGUUCAGUUGAUAAGCUCAUCAAUGUUAUAAAAAUAACGUUUGUAAAAUCCACAGCUCAAAUUCCAAAUAAAUGCACGGAAUGUUUUAAUCCACAACCCGAGCACAUUAUCAACGCAUCGGAUGGUAGAUAUGACUUUCACGAGGACUUCAUACUUAGUAGCUGUUCCUUUCAACACUGGUGUUCACUGUGGUUCUUACAGCAGUAUAAUAUUGUCAUCAGCGUUCAAUACAAGUGUAUAUUUGUGUACAGCAAACUAGACGUGUGUAAUAACCUAACGAAAGUCAUGAACAAAGGUGAUGUCAGACAUUUGGUUCUUCAGCGUCCAUUAGUAGCCGGGACAUGCAGCUGUAGUAUCAACGGGUCAACGGAACUGAGCGUUGAAGACUUUUUCAGAGAUUUUUAUUCGAAUGAGGGUCAAAAGUCAAAUAUUUCAAAUAGUUUAUUACGUUUGGAUAAUAAAGUCUACGAAGAGGAAAAUACGCCGAACAUUGUUCACAGCCACGUGAAUGUCACAAAUGUCAUUAUCAGCUUUGAUGAAUAUUUCCAGCGUCUUUGGUUAAGAGUAGACAUAAAAGAGAGCGGAACAAAAAUAACAUGCAGUAACGAGUCUACUAACACGACAACAACCGGUGUGAUUCCAUCAACUUUUUCUGAAUAUAUGACAACACUAAUUAAUCACGAGCCCGAGACGAAUGCAACACCAAUGCAAACAAAUCGACGUGAUACAACAGUUGCAUCCGCAUCUGUUGUCAUGGGCACAUCAUAUAUGUCACUUACGCUGUCAAGUUCUUCUAAGUACAUCAAUUCAGCAUCUGCGGCAACUAAUUCUAAUACGCACCUCAUUGUAUACGUGGCAACUGGGUGCUCUGCAACCGUCGUUUUGAGUAUCGUUAUUUUUAUUGUCGUGUUCCUAUAUAGAAGGAAAAAACGACCAGGGAAAUCGACUCAUGCAGCUAAAAAUAAAACCAACACUGUAAGAAGGCCUUCCGCUAUCGACCGAUUAGGCUUUGAAAACUUGGCAAUGCAAGCUGUUGUCAACAACGAGUGCGACUGUAAGACGAUGGCCCACGUCUCUCACAUCACCAAAGGCAGCGUGGAGUACGCGGUGUCAGUACCUCCGGGCAACUACAGCUAUGCAUUCACGCCAUACGAUAGAUAUGUGGAGUCCAACAAUGAAGCGUUAGCCUUCAAGAACAAGCCUAAAGGUUUGUUAAAAUCAGGCAUUAAACUUUCUAAUGAUGAAGCAGAUACAUGUCAUCCUUAUUUUCGUCUACAACCUUUGAUAGAACAGGUAAUCACAGCCACGUCCAAUGAGUCUAGAACAUAUGAUUCUAUUUGUGUAGCGAACGGUAAAACGGAUGUGGCAUCGAAAAACACGGAACUACCUAUACACAUAUACAAUCAUAUUAAGCUCAAACAAGGCAAAACAAAAUGUGAUGGCGACAGCGGCGUAUUGUGUUCGGAUGAGUACUCGCACAUUUCGAUUGAGGAUGAUACGGCAUCGGGGAAGAGCAGAUAUUAUAACAUUGUGAACAUACAGAGAGCUAGAACUGACUCGGUCGACAAUUAUUGUCAUGUCGGACCAAAAAAUACUAGCAUUGAAAAGCACGUGCCUAGCGAUGAUUACGAUCAUCUUGCUAUGUGACAGUGAGCUGAAGAAACGCUCGAGUGUCCACAACUAACAAUAGGAUAUUUGAAACAAGGGAACACAAUAAUUUAAGGACAUAUAUGAUAAUGAAUGGUCUUUUUAUGUUCAAAUAAAUGUUUAUUGUAUGUGUUAAUGACAGACAAUGUUUUAUAUUCUUCAUUUCUUUAUAAACAAAUAAAACAAAAGUCUUCUUAAUGUUGAAAAAUCAUUGUACAAGUUAAGUGUGUCGUCCUUAUUAAAUAAACCAAACGUCUUAUUCUCAACUCUCAAUAUUUAUGGCUUCAAUGUAUAUUCCAUUGUUAUUCCUAGAAUCAUUAUAGUAUCUGAAACAAAAACACGUCUUAACAAACAUGUUAACACUUAAAGGAUAUUUGCAAGUUAUUAGAUUAAGCAUGCUAGCAUAGACGGAUCCGGA